GUAUGCUACCAACAAAUAACACAGGAGAAAUAGUCGGUAGGUUUUAUUAUAAGCUUUGCAUAAGCCACGUCACGACUUACUUGUUAGCUACAAGAGCCGCGUCACGACUUACUUGUUAGCUACAUGAGCCGCGUCAAGACUUACUUGUUAGCUACAUAAGCCACGUCAAGACUUACUUGUUAGCUACAUAAGCCGCGUCAAGACUUACUUGUUAGCUACAUAAGCCGCGUCAAGACUUACUUGUUAGCUACAUAAGCCACGUCAAGACUUACUUGUUAGCUACAUGAGCCACGUCAAGACUUACUUGUUAGCUACAUGACCCACGUCAAGACUUACUUGUUAGCUACAUGAGCCACGUCAAGACUUACUUGUUAGCUACAUGAGCCAAGUCACGACUUACUUGUUAGCUACAUGAGCCAAGUCACGACUUACUUGUUAGCUACAUGAGCCAAGUCACAACUUACUUGUUAGCUUACUAAUUGAUGACCACUUAAAUUGAAGAAAGGAGCGUCCUUGAAAAACAAAGAAACUGUUCUUAUUUUGAAUUUAGUUGUAAUAAAAUGGAAUAUAAUUUUUAUAAAUACUAACUUAAAAAAAUAUAAUCAAGUUGUAUUAAUUUCAAUUCGAACUGAGCGAAACAAAGUAUGGAAAAAACAAGGUAAACAACAAUGAACGUUUCGAAAAGAAGCCUUCUUUACCAGCCAACAAACAACAGUAAAGACAGAUUUCAAUAAAGAAUAACACAUAGCUGAAAAGUUGUAUCCGCGAGGACAGCCUGAUUGCAGUCUCUCCCCUAAUUAUCCUUAAUUUCAAUUGGGGACUUCUUCUUCUUCUUCUUAGCCAUUAGAAUAUGCCAUCCACAAUGCUUUUCCAUCUGUCCGUAUACUGGGCUAUCUUCAAAGUUCAGCCCAGCUUUUCUUUAUUCUCUUCACCUCUAUCUCUUCUCCUCUCUUCCAAGUGGCUCUUGGUCUUCGUCUUCUCCUGGUACCAUGAGGAUUCCAGCUCAGGGCCUGUCUUGUGAUGUCAGCGCUUGGUUUCCUGUCCAUCUUUCCUCACUUAUUGCUGAGAUGUCUACUCUCUAUCUCCUCCGUUCCAUAGUCACUUGUUUUGUCUCCCCCACCUCCCACAUCGUUCUAACAUUCCAGGUGCCAAUCCUGGAACUUUUCCUCACUGUCGGACAGGAUGUCGGCAAGUCGGCUCCCUCAUGGGUUUGGCCUACCAGCGUCGUAAUGCCUUUAUAAGCGCUCACCCUCACUGGGUUGGUGGCAAACGUUUAUGGGUUGUGGCUGUUUUCAUCUGGUUGUCGACUUUCUUGCAAUGAAUAGGUUGCUAGCCCCAAUGCAAAGCAUGACACAAGAAGUCGCCUCGUACGACGUGCUUGCUUGGCACUGACUCAUUCUACUCCUAUACUAGGUCCCGUCAACUGCACGCGGGGAAAUUGGAGACUAGUUGGAGUAAAUUUAAAAAGUCUGAACUCCAUAUCUUGAUAUGGUUUUUGUGUCACAUAGAAUUUGAUUCGGCAGUGUUCGCCCUUCAGGUGAAAAAAUGCCAUUCGUUUAAUGCAUACUAUUUCUGAUACAAUGGAAGAAGCCACGGUCAGUAACUCAGAAGGAGAAGAAGACGGUUGGAAACAGUACUGUUUCGGUUCGGGUCCAGCCGCGGUAGAGGCGGAAGACACCUCAAAGAGCGAACCUGGUCUGUUUGGAUUCUCCUCAAGGUUUCUUCUAUCUCUAUGUAGGACACACUCAUUUCUAGGUUUGGACACCCGGGCCUUCCUCUGUGCGGACAUCACCCAUCUCGCCAACCUUUCACGCCGCAGUGGUCGGCUGCUGAUAGAAAUGCUGAAACAUUGCGUCGCUGAUAAUAAUCUAAAUAUUUCUUCAUCCUAUUCACCGAGCCCGGGGUACAGUUAUAACGUGUUCUGGGCCUCAUCGUUGAGGUAGAUAAAGAUUACCCCAACUUGCUUUAAGACCAACACGGCGUCUCGUUCAUUUUCCCUUUCAGCUUCAGUUUAAUGUUUCACAGCGUGUCGUUCGGUUUUAAAAAUUGUCUUUCGGCGCUGGCGACUUUGUUGAGUUGAUUGCAGAUUGGCUUGUUGUAACCUCAUUUCCCAAUUCAUGUUCAGGGAUGUGCCAAGACUAAUGGCCAUUUCCCCUAGCUUGUCCAGAGUUUGACCCCUCCCCGCCCCCACCCACAUAAAAUAGAGGGACCCCCGCCCCCACAAGCAUGGUAUAGACCCCCCCACGCCAAAAGCGAUUGGCGUACAGUAGUUAAAAGCAUUCACCACCAUCACCAUCCGCUGUGGUUGUGUCGUCCACAAAGCUGGCCGCAGUACGACCCGCUGACAAUCGGUCUAAAUGGAAAGCACUGAAGUACCGAAGAGAUCGCAAUGUCUGUGCAUACGUUUAAAAGAAACCGUAUCACGAUUUUAAACUUCCUUUAUUCAAAAAAAAAAAACCAAAAACAUGGGCUCUUCUCGAUCAAAGAAACAAAACACCGUUACAGACCAAAGUUAAUUCACAUGCGACGUAUGGUCCAAUGCAUUUUCAUUUUAACUUCCGAAAUGAGUAGUUGUAUUGAUGAAUGAUUGUCAAUUCUUUGAGCUUCGUUCGUGGUUUAAAGUUACGUUUCCAUAUUUACAGUUGAUGUCAUCACAACAUUCAGGCUACCUUCAGGUAGGUAAAACAUCAGCAACUUCAGGCUACCUUCAGGUAAGUAAAACAUCACCACAUUCAGGCUACCUUCAGGCUACCUUCAGGUAAGUAAAACAUCACAACAUUCAGGCUACCUUCAGGUAAGUAAAACAUCACAACAUUCAGGCUACCUUCAGGUAAGUAAAACAUCACAACAUUCAGGCUACCUUCAGGUAAGUAAAACAUGGGAAAUGAAGGCGAGCGACUGCGGCCAUAGAGACGGGUGACUGGAGCCAUCAAGACAAUUGACUGGAGUAAUAAGCAAGAGUGCCUGUGGCCACAAAGACGAGUGCUUGGAAAAUGGGACCAUAAAGACGAGUGAGUGACUGGAAUAAUAAAGACGAGUGACUGGGGCCAUCAAGCCGGGUGACUGGGGCCAUCAAGCCGGGUGACUUGGGCCAUCAAGCCGGGUGACUUGAGCCAUCAAGCCGGGUGACUGGGGGCCAUCAAGCCGGGUGACUGGGGCCAUCAAGCCGGGUGACUUGGUCUCGAAUGAAGACGAAUAAGAAUUGUAUCAUAUGUACAUAAAUACGUCGGGUGACUGGGGCCAUCAAGCCGGGUGACUUGGGCCAUCAAGCCGGGUGACUUGAGCCAACAAGCCGGGUGACUGGGGGCCAUCAAGCCGGGUGACUGGGGCCAUCAAGCCGGGUGACUUGGUCUCGAAUGAAGACGAAUAAGAAUUGUAUCAUAUGUACAUAAAUACGGUUUCCGAUUAAACAAGUGUAUAAAAGCCCCAGAAACCAUCGUUCAAUUCGACACAUGGAAAACACGUUACGUCAUGACUUGUUUCCCUGCCGAGAUGACGCUCUGCGCUCUACAAAAUGUCUCUUUUAAUAUCCUUAAAAAAAAAAAAUUAAAAAAAUGUUUGUAUUAUUUAGUUUUUGUUUUGCGUUUUGUUCCGAGGAUAUCGCCAGUGUUUUGUAAGUAGGCAAGAAUAAGAAAAUCUGAAAAGUGUGACUGAAGUCGUAUAUGUGCACGUUGUAGGUAAACUGUAUAAUGUAUAAUGUUAGACUUUGUGACGUACCAUUACCGUGUCUGAGCUAUAAAGCUACUUAUAUGACCGUCUUUUUUCUGACUGGUAUUGGGUGUUAAGUGAGAACACUACACUGCAUCGUGUCUGGCUUUAAUUGAUUCUUCUCAUUCCAGUGACGCCGACCGAUGCCUACUUUAACACGGACCCCACCUUUGGUAUGUUUCACGCUUGUGGCCCGGUCUUUCUUUUUUUUUUUUUUAAAUUAAAAUGCGCACGAAAAUACAUUCCCAAUAUAAACGUAGCAGUGAGUCGCCUCCAUGUAUAACAAACUCGACGAACAAGCCGCAAGAUGGGAUUAUUUCAGCGACCGGGCUAAAAAGAAGGUAUGGGAAUUUGUGAGAGAAUUUCAGAUAGCGUACUGGUCAUCGACCGCUCUAUGUUACAUCUUCGUUAGUUGUGGCACUGCCUCUUAGAUGGCUGCCCGGUGUGUUGAUUAAUUUUUUUUUGUUUGGAAGGGUUCCCUCAGAAGUACUGUAAUACUGGAGCAGUCCCCACCAAAGUCUACCAUGGUGGGUCACUUGGCCUUAAACGAGGCGAGGUAUCACGUUCCUCCCAAGGGUUUGUUUGGGCCGGGGGGAUAAGAACAGAUACUACACCCUGAUCUAUGACAAAAAGCCGAGAAGCGAUCCGAGUAUAUUACUUAAAAUAGUCUUAGAGCCUUAUAUGAAACCAUUUUCCUGAAAGCUUCUAUACUUCUAAAGCCAACAUCCAAGUAACUCCAAUUCCCACUUAAUGUAUCUUUAAAAGAAAACAAUAAGGUUUUGCGCUUUUAACAAAAAAUUUGGUGUUAAUUUUUUUUUAAAAUUACGGCAAAUGUUUAUUAAAUAGUCCCAAUAUUUCUAGUAUCUUUGCAAAAUAUGUCAGUUCAAAGAAGCUACGAAUCAAGGAACAUGAAAUUUGAUGCGGUUGUAUUGCGAAUAUGAUCACUUUGAAAAGUAAACAUGUGUGUGUAAAAGUUCUCAUUUUAAAAUAAACAACAGUAAAAAGAAACAAAACUACACAUUCCAUAAAAAAAACUAUGCAGUUCCAGUUAGGCCAGUCACGAAAGAUACACAGUUCCGUCAUGAGAUUCUCGGUUAAAUCCUAUAGGGCCUUCCCUCCUUUACAACUGAUCUAGCUAAGUUUCUAAACGUAAUCUCAUCUGUUUCUCCCAGGAACUGACACAUCCUCUGAGAAGCCGGAGACGGUCCCACCAACAGGUAGGUGGAACAAAUUAACUCAGUCCUAUAGCAAUACCAUCCAUCCCAUCCCUGUGGUGCAGCAGCACAUGCAGGGCUUUGGCCUACCUUAUCACUUCCUUCCACUCAGACCUAACUGAUGCUUUUUCUUUUCUAUGCUCGGAUUCCCAGCUGCUGUAGACCUGUUUCAACCUAAUCCAUCCAAUUAAGCCUAGGUCUGCCUUUGAGCCAUUGUCCUUCUAUUGGGUUUUUGCGGUGCACACUCGUCACUCCGCCGUCAUUUGGCAUUCUUUCUACAUUUUCUGCUAUUUGUUAUUUCUGCUACUAGCGUAGGAUCUGGAUAUAGACUAUACAAUUUCCGGUUGGUUCGUACUCUCCAUCCUUAUUCAUCCUUUUGUUAGUCCAUGUAUUUUGAUGAGAACAUGUUCCUCCCGUGUGUUUCUGCCGUUUUUGUUAGGGUCCAAAUUUCUAAUGCGUAUGUCACAACUGGCCUGAUUACAGUUCUAUAAUUUUUUUUAUUUUUUUCCCCUUGUAAUGGUUUUUUUACAAUAGCAAUGCUAGAACAUCAAAACAUUCAUUCCCCCCUUUUUUGAAUCGAUUCAAGAACUGGCUCAAUGUACUAAAUAUGCCACUGUAAUUUUAGAUUCCUAAAUGGGUCAAAUGCUUUAACCAUUCGAAUAACGAAAUAAAAAUAAACUAUAAGAGUAUUAGUAAAGGAUUAAAGUAAGGGAGGUCAAAAUACCACUAGCCUCUUAAAAACAACGUACAUAAAAAAAUAAUUUAGGCUUCACUAAUUAUCCCCCCUCAAACCAAACCAACUCCAACCCCCCUUAUUUUUUGUGGGUCCCCUCAGUUGCGUAGCGAGGGUGUUUGGCGCCCGGGGACAAGAUUCGCGCCCGGGGACAAGAUCCAUUUGAAAGCGCCCCCUUUUCUUUUUUUUCAACUCUCAAACCCAUUAUUUUUACCAAUAAUAUAAUAUCAAAUCACAUUUUGGCGCCCCUAACUAGCUUGCGCCCGGCGACAUCUUCCCCCCUGCCCCCCCAUCGCUACGCCUUUGGGUCCCCUUACACCCGGACACGAAUUUCCGUCAGGAGUAACUAAAUUUAUUUCUUGAACAAAAAUAUUUGUUUUUAAAACAUGAACAUGUCCUUGUCUAUUACUUUUGGCACAGUGGACAAAGAGCCAGAGGGUUCCAAUGCAAUCUACGCCAUCGUCCUGCUGCUGCUCAUCCCACUGGGACUGCUCAUCUACAUGUCGUGAGUAUAUUAGCGUAUUACCUGUAGCUGGGUGUUGGCCAAAAGGGCCAUUGUUUAAUUUUGUUUUAUUUAAUCUCUGAUCUCAUUUGAGAAUAGCUUUGUUGUUGUUUAUUUUAAAUUGUUUGUCCGGCGAAAUAAUAAAUUUAUAUUCAUGUAAUAUUAAGACUUUUAAUAAAGCAACGACCGAAAACAUGUCGUUUAAACAAAAUAAAUGGAGCAGACACGCUCUUUUCUUCAAGAGUGCAUACAUGAAAUUUAAAAAAAAUGUAUACAGUUUCCACCAUUAUUCUUCUAACGUAUGAUAGUCUAAGCAUUUUCCUCGUUGAAUUGUCUAAUGUGAACCGGAUUUGAUAUCAUUGACAAUUUUGUUACUUCAGGGCUAGAUUCUGUGGGUGGCCCGGGAGAGGGGAGGGAACAAAUCACUUUCGUACUGUGGCCGUGUUUCCCCCUGAAUGUAGCAGGCACUCGAGAGGAAAUUUAAUUUAGUAAUGGAUGUUCCGUGUUCAAAGGCUUAAUGCUUCCUCAAGUCUAUUCAAACGUACCUCAGCUAUCUUCAAAUGUACAUCAGCUGUCUUCGAAUGUACCCCAGCUGUCUUCAAAUGUACCGCAGCUGUCUUCAAAUGUACCGCAGCUGUCUUCAAAUGUACAUCAGCUGUCUUCAAAUGUACCUCAGCUGUCUUCAAACAUACCUUAAUUGCCUUCAAAUGAAUCUUAGCUGUCUUCAAAUGUACCCCAGCUGUCUUCAAAUGUACCUUAGCUGUCUUCAAAUGUACCUCAGCUGUCUUUAAAUUUACUUUAGCUGUCUUGAAAUGUACCUAAGCGGUCUUCAAAUGUUUAUCAUGUCUUUUGAAAUAUAUGCCAAAUGUAUUCGAUACAUCCCAAAGGUUUUUAAUGUUUACCAAUUUUUUUCGAUACAUCCUAAAAUGUGUUCUAUGUUUACCAAUUGUUUUCCAUAUAUAUAUCCCAACUAUGUUCACUGUUUAUUAAAUGCAUUCGAUAUAUCCCAAAUAUAUUUAAUGUUUACUGAAUGUAUUCGAUGUAUCCUAAAUGUUUUCAAUGUUUACUUAAUGUAUUCGAUACAUCCUAAAAGUGUUCAAUGACUACCGAAUGUAUUCGAAAUAUCCCAACCGUGUUCAACGUUUACUUAGUAUUUGAUAUAUUCUAAAUGUGUUCAAUGUUUACCUAAUGUAUUCGAUUAUAUAUCCUAAAUAUGUUCAAGGAUUCCUAAAUAUAUUCGAUUAUAUAUAUCCUAAAUGAGUGAAAUGAUUACUAAAUGUAUUCGAUUCGAUAUAUCCUAAAGAUAUUAUAUGUAUCGCAAGUAUUUUUAUUAUCGUCCAAGGUGUAUUUUUUUUUUUGUGCUCAUGUGGUUUCAUGUUAACAAUUUUUCCCCCCUUCCUUUAUCCCCCACCCCCUCUCAACUCGACCACCCUACCCACUCACCCCCUCUUCAUUUGUUUCCUCCACAAAAGAGUUCGGCGACAAAAGGCUUCGGAAGACCCCCAGGCGCCCACCCCGGAUAUUGACGUGGGGCCGGCCCCGUCCGUGGAGAUGCCUUUCGUCGUGGUCCCCGACGAGACCCACGUGGCCAUCGACGUCCACACGCCCGUGGAGGUCGUCCGCGUCCGGCGGCUCUCGGGCUGGGGGACCUCGGUGGACCCACCCUCCCCGCCCAAGAUCCGGAAAGUGUCGACCGGUUCGGUGACGUCCAAGAAGAGCACCAGGAGCAACAAGAGCCAGAGGAGCAACAAGAGCGAAGGCUCGGGGGGGAAAUAACUGAAGAGGACGGUACGCAUUUACUAAGAGCGCUGUCGCUGCUCAAGUUUGAAGAACUUCCCGCUCAUGCGACGAGGGCGUCGCUUGAACAAGCGAGGAGAAACCCAAAGAGUUUGACGACGAAAAGAUGCGAGAUUUGUUAGUAUGACGACACCCUGCUGGACCGGACGUCAGAAAAUCCUUGUGGUCUAAAUUAUCAGUUCACCAAAUCGUUGUGGUCUAAGUUAUCAGUCCACCAAAUCCUUGUGGUCUAAAUUAUCAGUUCACCAAAUCCUUGUGGUCUAAGUUAUCAGUCCACCAAAUCCUUGUGGCCUAAAUUAUCAGUUCACCAAAUCAUUGUUGUCUAAGUUAUCAGUUCACCAAAUCCUUGUGGCCUAAAUUAUCAGUUCACCAAAUCAUUGUUGUCUGAAUUAUCAGUUCACCAAAUCAUUGUUGUCUAAGUUAUCAGUUCACCAAAUCCUUGUGGCCUAAAUUAUCAGUUCACCAAAUCCUUGUGGCCUAAAUUAUCAGUUCACCAAAUCAUUGUUGUCUGAA